AUUGUAUAAUCUUAUGUGGACUAUAGAUAGACAUACAAUGUUUUAUUUUAUAUACAGAAUUGUAUUUAUUUUUAAAAUAUAUUUCAUUAAUUUGUUAUUAAUUUUUAUUUAAGUUAUUAAUUUUUUUUGUAUGUGUUUGUUAGAAAUAUUUUUAAAUAAGAACAUUUUAAAUUUUUGUUAGCUAGGCAUCCAACAAAAAAAAAAAAGAAAAAAAAAAUAUCUGUCACUAUUGUCUAAGUACUACGUUCUCUUGUCAAGACCCCAGCCAGUAUUUUCCGGCUUUGUUGUUAUAAACAGUUUCACUCUCAUCUGUCAAGGAUCACGCUAAUAAUUGCGAGCAAAAAUGACAGCAAUGCUUUGUGAAGUCAAAGCUGUACUUUAAAUUCGCGAUCAUCUGAGGUGUAUGCCCACACCACUUGAUACAUUGGAAUCCAGGUAACUUUCAACAACACACUUACGAAAUCUUAUUGUCAAAUCUAUCAAAUUUGUCCACCUCUGGUUAACUCCAACAUCAACUAACAAAAAAACAACAACAAAAUAAAACAACAAAAUUAUAACGACAAACACGUUAUCUCUCAUAUCCAAAAACGUCACCAAUACAAGCACAUCUGCACAUAUUUUCUUAACACCAAACAUUCUUACUAACAAAUCAUUAACACCGCUCAAAACUCAUUGUAAAAACUGUUCAAUCUAACUAAAUAGAUUAUCAUCAUAGCCUUGACAACAAGGACACGUUUAUCUAUUUUUUUUAUUUUUAAUUUAGACAUCCACCUACGUGAAAUUAAAUAAUAUUAUUUUAUAUUAUUUCUUAGUACAAAUGUAAUUUAAGGUGUUUUUAUUCACCUUCUUUGAUCUGGCAUUUUUACUAAGAAAAAUGUAUUAAAAUACUCAUAACCGAGAGGUUCGCUCGUAUGGACCGUUUUUACAACAACAACAAAAAAAAAACAAAAAAAUCAUUUUUUUUAAGGAUGUAUAUAAAUGUGUUUAUAUUUUAUUUUCAGGGACAUUUAAUGAGGAGUUAACACCACACCAUUCGAGCAAAUAUCACAGUUCAUAUAGAGUGAUCCCCAAAAAUUAUCAACAUGGUCUCUACAAAGAUAAUUUCUGCAUUCUUGGCUUGCAUACGUGAGUGUUGAAUUACAUGUCUAUAAAUAAUAAAUCAUCCCAAUAACUGAAAUUCUUUUUUCAUGAAAAGAAACAACAAUAUAAGAAGCUUUAGAUUUAAACGAGGGUAAAAACAAUACGUUUUGUACAUGCAACCAGUAAUCUAGACACCUAAAUAAAGGGGUGUUUCCAGAUUUUCUCCAUACACCACCCCCCCCCCCCCCAAAAAAAAAAAAAAAAAAAAAAAAAAAAAAAAACAACCACCAAAAAAAGGGGGUGUUUCCAGAUUUUCCCCAAACCCCCCCCCCCCCCCCCCCAAACAAAAAGUAAGCAAGAUAUUAACCAGUAAUAUCACCCCUAAAUAAAUAGAGCAACAUAAGUACGAGUGCUACCAGAAAUUUAUUACUAUGUAAUAAGACAAACCAUAGUAACAUUAAAUUAUUAUGACAAAUAUUAUUUAAAACCUAAAUUUAAAAAAAAAAAUUAAUUGCGGUAUUUUAAAAAAAAAAAUUAAUGUCAACACAAUGAUGUGAACAAACUUCAAAUAUCCAUAUGAAAUAAUGACUGUAUAUAAUCAUCGUGCAUAUUUUAUGCAGACAAUAAGACAUUAAAAAUAAUAUUUCCCAUACUGCUUCGCCUCGAAGGAUUUUAAAAAAAUAAAAUAAGCAAUCAAAAUGAAUACAUAUUUUCAACAAUAAUCUUAGCCUAUUAUUGGUUUUAAUUUGUAAAUAUCUAAGAAAAUUAUAAUUGUUGACAUCAUUUUAUUUUGGCUACGACCCCUUGAAAAAAAAAUUGUCAAGCUUUUCUAUCCCCUCCUUUAUAUUUUGUGAAGUAAUGUUUACAUGGAAAUUCAAACUAAUGAAUCUCAUAUUCAUGGCUGGAUGGAUGUAUUGAUAAAUAAAUCUUGUUUUCUUAUAUACACACAUUUUAAAGGAAUUAUACAUUUUCAGACAUAUGAAACUUUUUAUGGUAAUUAUAUAUUAAUCUUUACCACAGAUUUUGUUUACGCUGAUAACUUAACGCUGAUUAACUACAGACAAAAUGAUUCAAAUACGACAUGUCAAAGUGGCGUGCUACGAGGAGUCGACCAAUCUGCUCUCAAAAGCGUGAUCCUUUUGGAUCGCAGUGUUGGAGACUAUGAUUAUGCCAAUUUCGAGAUAAAAGAGGAGUUGGAAUCAAAAUUUAAACAAGUAAUGAUAAUUAAGAGAUCUCUUCCCUCCUAUGUGUCGCCAUCUCUCAAUGGGGUCAUCAAGUAUCUAGUUUAAGGUUUUAUGCCAAUUUCGAGAUAAAAGAGGAGUUGGAAUCAAAAUUUAAACAAGUAAUGAUAAUUAAGAGAUCUCUUCCCUCCUAUGUGUCGCCAUCUCUCAAUGGGGUCAUCAAGUAUCUAGUUUAAGGUCGCUGGUGGAAAAAAAAAACAUAGAUCACUUUUAUUUUCUUAAAUCGAUAUCAUGUAAUUUUUUUUGUUUGAACUAACAAUUCUUCCAUAACUUGUAACGAUCUAAAACGUCUUGAUAUCUCAAAAUUUUUUGGUUAGAUUAUCUAGGGGAAACUUAAAAAAACAAAACAAUUUUCACCCGUUUCCGAAAAUAUGCGCCGAGAUUUUUGACACCAGUUUACAGGCAAUUGUAUAAUUGUAUCUUCAUUUUUUUAAAAAUGAAAAUUAUGACUGUUGUUAUACUUUAUACCAGUGGUUCUC